AUGCGGUACACACCGUUUGCUUCGGACAUAGAGCUACCCUUUUAUACGGCUUUGGCAUCUCUAAAAAUCAACCAUGAUAAACUUGAUGAUUCUGCUCGCAAGAUACUAGGUCUCUAUGAGAUUCGCUCUACAGACACGCCGAAUACAUCGUGUCGGAUGCAGAUCCAUGGGAAUUCUCUCACCAGUGAUGAGACCCUGGCGGGCUUUUACCGUGCCGAAGGAAUGAUAAAGAAUUUCAACACCGUAGAGGAAUAUCGAAAUAUUGACAAGACUUCCAUGCUUCAGCAGACCGGGAAAACGGUGUGGGAUGCCAUAAAUGAUGGGACCAUUUAUUCCUGCCCAUCUCUGCUAUCCUCAUUUCUCAUCCUAUCCUUUGCAGAUCUUAAAAAGUACAAAUUUCACUACUGGUUUGCGUUUCCUGCAAUACAUUCUGAUCCUUCUUGGGUUCAAUUUGGCACAGCCAAGAAAACUUCUAGCUCGUCAGACCAGGCGCAGGGCAAUGACAUAUCAACUACGAGAAGUUUGUCACGAGAUGAAAGCUCAACCCUGGUGGAGGCGGUGCAAACUUGGAGCUAUGGUGUGGACGCUCGCCAGCGAGGAUUUUUCUUGGCUCGGAAGGAUUGUGAUAUCCGUGAUAAAGCUAGUUCGCCUCAUGAGAACCCUACAGCAAACUCCGACCAGGAUUCUCUUGCUACUGUGGUUUCUUGGCAGAUUGCUUCACUUGCAAGCUAUGAGUGUGGGUUUUUCGACGGUGCAGAUUUUGAAAAUUGUUAUGUCUGCUUUGCAGACCCCUCAAACUAUGAUGAUGCCCCUGGUUGGAUGCUCAGGAAUCUACUGGUUCUUGUGAAGCAACGAUGGCGUCUUGAUAAAGUCCAGGUCUUGAGGUAUCGUGAUGUGCACUCAAAACGUGAUCAGGCACGUAGUACAGUCAUGAUAUUGCAGUCUAGACAGCCGCAGGUGCUUGACCAUGCAAUAUCCAUUGAUAUGCUUAAAGCCAUGCCAAAGGUAACCGGCUGGGAACGUAAUCCAGCUGGAAAACUGACAGGAAGAGUGGUUGAUCUCACGGAAUAUCUAGAUCCUAAGAGGUUGGCAGAUCAGUCUGUUGACCUCAACCUCAAGCUCAUGAAAUGGCGGAUCAGUCCUAACUUGAACCUUGAUAAAAUCAAGCACACCAAAUGCCUUCUGCUUGGAGCGGGUACCCUUGGAAGUUAUUUAGCUAGAAACUUGAUGGGUUGGGGUGUGACGAAAAUUACAUUUGUUGAUAGCGGGUCCGUAUCAUUUUCUAACCCCGUCAGACAGCCACUCUUCAAUUUUUCAGACUGUUUGGAAGGCGGUGCUAAGAAGGCACAACGUGCUGCUCAGUCUUUAUCGGAAAUUUAUCCUGGGGUCGACUCUACAGGGCACGUUCUCUCCGUUCCGAUGGCUGGUCAUCCCAUAGUGGAUUAUGGAAAGACCCAAGCAGAAUUCGAAUGUCUCAAAACUUUGAUAAACGAGCACGAUGCGAUUUUCCUUCUUAUGGAUACCCGAGAAUCUCGUUGGUUGCCAACAGUUAUGGGCAAGGCGGCAGGAAAGCUUGUGAUGAACGCGGCGCUAGGUUUUGACUCGUUCGUGGUUAUGCGCCACGGUGUCACAUGUGAUGCAGAUCCAAUGUCGGAACUAGGAUGCUAUUUCUGCAACGACGUCGUUGCGCCUAUGAAUUCCGUUAAAGAUCAAACACUUGAUCAGCAAUGCACUGUAACUCGCCCGGGUGUAGCCGCUAUAGCAUCAGCUCUUUUGGCUGAGCUCUUUGUGUCCAUCGUCCAACAUCCCCAAGGUGCGGCAGCACCUGCUCCAGCUACACGGAGUGAAGACCGAGGGGAGCAUCCUCUUGGGAUUGUGCCACAUCAAAUCCGAGGAUUCCUAUCAACUUUUGAGAACGUCUCUAUCGUAGGUAAGAGUUAUAAUUGUUGCAGUGCUUGCUCAGACAACAUCGUAAAUGCCUAUAAGGCAGAAGGCUGGGACUUUGUGCAAAAAGCUUUAAACGAGACUGGUUAUGUAGAAGAGCUCAGUGGCCUUAAAGAGGUCCAGGCAACAGCAGAAGCAACGAUGGCUGAUAUUGAUUGGGAUGAAACAUCUGAGAGCACGGACGAAGCAGAAUUAAUUUAG